AAAAAAACUAUUAAUAUCGUUCGUAAAUAAAAUUCCUCGGAUUACGUAUUCUUGGAUCCCUACUAUUUUGAUUAUUUUUGUGUAUAUAAAUCAAUACUAAGGGGUUAUCACGUUAAUCGUACUUGGACAGUGUAUCUAAAGCACCUUAUCGCAUCACAAAGUUUUAGGUUCGCAAUGAAAAUAAUUAUUUUACUGUCGUUUUGCGUUCUUCUGACGUGUGGAGAACAGUUGACGGAGUAUCAUGAAGGAAACGUUCAAUUUACAACUAAUGUGUACAGGGAAUUAAGUAAAUCCAGAUCAGGAAAUAUACUAAUGUGCCCGUUGUCAGUUGAAAUCACGCUAGCGAUGGUCUUCUUAGGAGCUACAGAAGAAACUGCCAGACAAUUGUCUGUCGCCGCCAGUUUUCCAAAUAAUUUCGAGAAAGUUGAGGAAAUGUUUUCUGAAGUAAUACCACAACUAGAAAGUAGCGACAAAUACACAUUUGAAAGCGCAAAUAAAAUUUAUGUCCAAGACAAGUUCAAGAUAGCCGAAAACUACAAAGACGUGGUAACAAACAAAUUUAAAUCUGACAUCGAAAACAUUGAUUUUGUAAAUCCAACUGCUGCGGUUGUUAUGAACCAGUGGGUUGCAAAGAAAACACACAACAAGAUUACCAAGCUCAUCAAUCAAGACGAUUUAGACUCAGACUCGCGAUUAAUGCUUCUAAAUGCGAUGUAUUUCAAAGGUAUUUGGGUAAACGGAUUUAAAGAAAGCGACACGAAAGUCAAACCAUUCUUCUUAAACAAUACUCACUAUAUUAAUACAGAUAUAAUGUCAAAUAAAGGACAAUAUAGAUAUCAACAUGAUCGUAAAUUGAACGCCAAAUUUUUGGAAAUGAAAUAUAAAGGAGACGAUGUUGUAAUGGUUAUUGCGUUGCCUGAUAAUCCUGAAGACUUGCACAAGUUGGAAGAUAAUUUGAAUCAAGUUUUGAGAACCACAUUUCCACAUUCUGCUCGUACAGUAGAUGUUCAAAUUCCAAAGUUUGAAGUAAAGGACACCAUCCCCUUUAAGACUAUUUUAAAAUCCAUAGGUGCGGUUCUUCCAUUCCAAAACGGAGCAACUUUUGAUCGUAUGAAGGAUGCCACAGAAUUGGAACCUCUAAAAAUUGCGCAGGUUAUACAAAAAGCGACAAUUGAGGUGGAUGAAAAGGGAUCUGUAGCUGCUGCAGCAACUGCAGUACACAUGCAAAUUUGGCGCAGCGCAAGGAUAUUAGACGUUAAUUUCUACGCAAACCAUCCGUUUAUAUAUUUCAUUAAACACAAGGUAGCUGGAAUUACGUUUAUUGGCAGAUAUAACGCACCAGAAGGUCCUGUUCAUUCCGGAAACUAUGAACCUCCCAUAGACCCUGAAUCUGCAAGAAUGGUUGUUUUAUAAAUAAUAUUUACACAGUGUAACCACUAAGCUGUGGUGUAACAUUGCGACAUAAAUAGAAAUAAAUAACCUUGAAUGAA